ACAUACAUCCAGGCAGGUUAAUUACAGCUUGGUUCAAAUGAAAUUACUGCUAUAGCAGUGAAUUAGGACGUUUUCUGAUAUACGUUUAAUUUCAUUGCCUGAUCAUCAUUUUUAGUGGGGUCUUGGAUCCUCCAGCUGCCCCAUGGAAUCUCGGCCCUAUUUCCCUGCACGGUCCGUACUGUUCCGGAAACAAGCCAACGGAGUGACUUAUCGGAUCCCGGCUCUGAUCUUCCUGCAGCGCUCGUCCUGUUUCCUGGCCUUCUGUGAGGAGAGACUUAGUCCUGCAGACUCUCAUGCACAUCUACUCGUCAUGCGCAAGGGGAUCUUCUACAAGAACUAUGUGGAGUGGGGAGACAUGCGAGUCCUGGGCACAGCCUGUCUGAAAGGGUACCGAUCCAUGAACCCGUGUCCUGUCUACGAUACCUUCACUGGGACACUCUUCCUCUUUUUCAUCGGCAUUUGGGGUCACACCACUGAGAAAUACCAGCUGAUUACUGGCAAAAAUCUCACCAGACUCUGCUAUGUGUACAGUCAGGACGAUGGGGAGACCUGGAGUCCUGCCAUUGAUCUUACUAAGACGGUCAUAGGUGACACCAUUAAAAAAUGGGCUACCUUUGCUCUCGGACCGGGCCAUGGCAUCCAGUUAAAGUCUGGUCGUCUGGUCAUCCCUGCCUAUGCCUACCACAUCGACUGCAAGCACUGCUUCGGCAAAAAGUGCAAAACAACCGCCCACUCCUUCUGCUUCCAUAGUGAUACCCAUGGCAAAAAAUGGCAUUUCGGGGAGCCAGUGCCAGGACCUCAGUGUGUGGAGUGUCAGCUUGUAUCAGUGGAUGAGGAAGAUGGCACCAACAUCCUGUACUGUAAUGCCCGCAGUGCCCUCGGCUUCCGUGUUCAGGCUCUCAGUUUUGAUAAUGGAACCAUUUUCCAGAACGGACAGCUAGUGCACAAGCUUUUGGAGCCCAGAAACGGCUGCCAUGGCAGUGUGAUCGGCUUUCCAGCACCCAUCCACCUCCACCACAACUGCCCCGAUUUUGACCCACCUUCUUUAGCCACGAAACCCUCUGAAAAGUUCCUAACGCCAACGUGGGUGGUGUAUGCACAUCCGACCUGGUCCGACGCUCGCCGAGAUCUUGGUUUGUAUCUUAACGUGCGACCCAGAGACCCAGACAGCUGGAACGGACCAUGGGUCAUUUAUGAGGGUCCGAGUGCUUACUCAGAUCUGGCCUAUGUAGAGCUGAGCUCUGCUGAUGCUCAACCUGUGGCUGCAUUUGCGUGCUUGUUUGAGAACGGUAGAAAAACAGCAUACGAGGAGAUUUCAUUCUGCAUUUUUACUCUGUUUGAGCUGAUUAACAACCUCCCAACACUCAAACCACAGCUGGGUGGUGUAAAAAUGGCAGUUAAAAAACGGAAGAAGAAAAAAACAGUGUGUUGGGUUUGUACAGUCUCUUAAUUCUGGACUAUAGUAGGUCUAAAGCCAGCUAUGCAAUAUUAUUUGAAUGAAAACUGAUCAGAUAUGCUAUUCUAAAUACCAAAGUGCCUCAUU